AUGGAGUGGCUUUGGAUCGCCGUGACAACGUGUGUGCUGGGGUCCUGCUCUGUCAAAGCUCCUUCUGUUAAAGGCAGUGACUGGUGGCUGGAGUAUGAGGAGGGCAUCCGGCACUACAGCAAGGAGGCCCUCAGUAAGGAGUUUCCAGAAAAGACUCGCCCUGUCAGCUUCAAGCAUCCCGUCUUCCAGUGUCCAGACAUGAAGCCCUCCCCGUCUGUCCCGUCCUCAGUUGAGUUUGUGAAGGCGGCAGACCUCAGAGUCAUCGCUGCUUUGGGGGAUUCUCUGACUACGGCUAUAGGGGCCAAUGCCACCACCGUGCUUGGAAUCCCUAUCGAGUUUCGCCAUGUGUCUUGGAGUAUUGGAGGCUAUGGAACUUUUCAAGAUGUCAUAACUUUGGCCAAUAUCAUCAAAUUGUUCAACCCAAACCUCCUGGGAGCCUCUCCUGGAAAGACUGUCCACGGCAUGCAGACUCACGUCACCGACACUGGCUUCAACCUGGCUGUGACCGGACACAACACUUUUAACCUGCCAGGACAGACCCGACAUUUGAUCGACACGCUGAGAGGAUAUGAGGUACCGGACGCCGUUCUGAGAGCCUGUCGUGCUGCUGUGGAGGUAUCUGAGAGCUUCUUCUCCAUCCAGGGCUUGAACUUUGAGGAAGACUGGAAGCUUCUGACCAUUCUGAUGGGCAUGAAUGACAUCUGUGACUACUGCAAGGACAAGACUUUGUUCUCCGUGGAUAACUUCAUUCACUACAUGACUGUGUCUCUGGAAAUGCUGAUGAACGAGGUUCCUCGUCUGAUUGUCAACGUGGUCCAGAUCCUGCCCAUGCACCCUUUGAGGGAGGUGCAGAGGCCCACGCCGGGCUGCCUCCUCCAGAGGUCUUUCUGCUCAUGCCUGACCGAACCAGCAGCCGGAUCUCCUGAACUGCAAGAGCUAAUGGAGGUCAACCUGGAGUUCCAGAAAAGACUGGAGAAACUGCUGCAGUCUCAUCGUUUCUUCAGGAGUGACUUUGCAGUCGUUCUUCAACCCUUCCUGAAGUUUGCAGAUCCUCCCCGUCUCCCGAACGGGAGGAUUGACAUGACGUUCUUCACUCAUGACUGCUUCCACUUCACCAUCAAGGGGCACGAGGAGCUGGCCAAGGGGCUGUGGAACAACAUGUUCCAACCCGAGGGAGGAAAGCUGAUGGUGGGCAGUUUUUCUGAUCCCAUCGCUCUGGUCUGCCCUCCUGUGGAACACCCGUACAUCUACACGCGGCCGGUUACGGUCCGCUCCAGCCAGCCGGCGCUGCACAGCCCCGCCCCUUCGCUGGCCCCCGUUCUGCUGCUCGUGGCAUUAGCACGUCCGGGAUUCAUGUAGCUCCUUCACAUUACCUCUUUUCAGCUUUAAGUGUGUGUGCUGACACACUCAUUUACUCUUGUGGCUGAAGGGGGCGGAGCCAUGCUGGUGACAGGAAGACCAUCAGCAGGACAAACUAGAGCUUUAGGAUUGAGGGAGAGUUUUCUCCUGCCUGCAGGAGUUGGAGCACAGUGGAGCAGAAGUUUCCAACGUGACGCUCGGAUGAUAUUCUUAGCAGACACAGCAAAUGUUUUCAGAAUGUAGUUAAACGUAUCAUGAUAUAGUACAACUUUUGGAGUGUUUAUCAUGGAGAUCUGAAUAGAGAAGAGUUUUAAAGUUGGAUCCUCUUUAGCUCACUUGCAGGUGAGUUUACACAGAAAUGUCCCGACUCUGAGCUGCCAGUGAUUUUGUUAGACAUAUUUGUAAUCUCAGGGUUUAUAGAGAACAGAAAAGUGAUAAAGUGAAGAGAAGACAUUUCAUUAAAAGCAUCUGAUUCUUAGUAGCAUUUAUUUUUUUGUUUUCUUCAAACAUAUAAUAGAAACUAACAUUGCUGCUGGAACACAUGAUGUCUUCAUCCAUUUGAAUCCUGCAGAGCUCCAAAGGACCCCCUGCUAAGACCAGCUCAUGUUUAGGGCCGUCUAAAGCUCUCCAGAGAUCAUUUGGAUGAUACAGUGGAGGUUAGAGGGUCAUGUGGUCAGAUGUUGGGGAUGUAAUGUGGGUGGGCAGAUCUUACUUUAGGGAGGACUGAUGUGUAUUAAGGAAAGGGUGAAUGAUGAGAUUCUGGACAAUAACUUCCUCCUAUCAGAGAGAACAUUGAGGAUGAUCCAUGGCUGGAACUUCCAGCAGGACAAAGAUCCCAAACACAUCGCCAGGGUAACCAAGGAGUGGCAAUGUAAAAUUAUUUCAGGGUUCUGGAGUGUUCCUGCCAGUCUCUGGACCUCAACCCAAGCAGCCCCAAAACAUCACAGCUCUAGAGAAGAUCUGCAUGGAAGAGUGGACCAAAACAGCAGCUACAGUGUGUUCACACCGCCUGAAUAACAACAAUAAACAUUUGAGCUCUGUCACUGAAUCCUGGUUACAUUACACACUAUUGAGGUGAACUUUUGUUAUUGACCAAAUACUUUAUAAAUACUUCUUUCUGCUCCAUUUUACAAAUAAAGUCUUUACAAAUCAAACAAUAGGAUUUCCUGGAUUCUGGUUUUAUAUUCUGUCUCUGGGUUGAAGUGUUUGAAUACUGAACAUGACAGUUGGAUGUUGAGUGGGAUGGCCUGCAGGAUCCAUUUUAUGU